GGCUCCGGCCGCCAGGGUUCGCUGUGACGCGGCUCGAGCGGGCGUGCGUGCGCCGCUCUAGCCUGGCCCGGGAAAGCCACUGUCCUUACCUUCAGCAGGCGCCGCGGCUCGGUGUGCACCAUCUGGCCGUCCGCUCCGUCCUGCAGCCUCCCACUACCCUCUCGCCGCCCACCAUGGCCCUGCUGCACUCGGGUCGCGUCCUGUCGGGGGUCGCCGCCGCCUUCCACCCAGGCCUCGCCGCCGUGGCGUCUGCCAGAGCCAGCUCCUGGUGGACACAUGUGGAGAUGGGACCCCCCGAUCCCAUCCUGGGAGUCACAGAAGCCUUUAAGAGAGAUACUAACAGCAAAAAAAUGAAUCUGGGAGUUGGUGCCUACCGGGAUGACAAUGGAAAGCCUUAUGUGCUCCCUAGUGUUCGGAAGGCAGAGGCCCAGAUUGCUGCAAAAACCCUGGACAAAGAAUACCUGCCCAUUGGGGGUCUGGCUGAGUUUUGCAAGGCAUCUGCAGAACUAGCCCUGGGGGAGAACAACGAAGUGUUGAAAAGUGGCCGGUAUGUCACCGUGCAGACCAUUUCUGGAACUGGAGCACUAAGGAUCGGAGCCAGUUUUCUGCAAAGGUUUUUUAAGUUCAGCCGAGAUGUCUUUCUCCCUAAACCAUCCUGGGGGAAUCACACACCCAUCUUCAGGGAUGCCGGCAUGCAGCUACAAGGUUACCGGUACUAUGACCCCAAGACAUGUGGCUUUGACUUCACAGGCGCUAUGGAGGACAUUUCGAAAAUGCCCCAGCAAAGUGUUCUUCUCCUGCAUGCCUGUGCCCACAACCCCACAGGCGUGGACCCUCGUCCUGAGCAAUGGAAGGAAAUAGCAACAGUGGUGAAGAAAAACAACCUCUUUGCUUUCUUUGACAUGGCCUACCAGGGCUUUGCCAGUGGUGAUGGUAACAAGGAUGCCUGGGCUGUGCGCCACUUCAUUGAACAGGGCAUUAAUGUUUGUCUCUGCCAAUCCUAUGCUAAGAACAUGGGCUUAUAUGGUGAGCGUGUGGGAGCAUUCACAGUGAUCUGCAAAGAUGCUGAUGAAGCCAAAAGGGUAGAGUCACAGUUGAAGAUCUUGAUCCGUCCUAUGUAUUCCAACCCUCCUCUCAAUGGUGCCCGGAUUGCUGCUACUAUUCUUACCACUCCUGAUCUGCGCAAACAAUGGUUGCAAGAAGUGAAAGGUAUGGCUGACCGCAUCAUUGGCAUGCGAACUCAGUUGGUUUCCAACCUCAAGAAGGAAGGCUCCUCCCAUAACUGGCAGCACAUCACUGACCAAAUUGGCAUGUUCUGUUUCACAGGGCUAAAGCCUGAGCAGGUAGAGCGACUGACCAAGGAGUUCUCUGUCUACAUGACAAAGGAUGGCCGCAUCUCUGUGGCUGGGGUCACCUCUGGUAAUGUGGGCUACCUUGCCCAUGCCAUUCACCAGGUCACCAAGUAAUUUUUCGGGUGAGAGGGAACAGAGACAACCUUCCUGUCUAUUGUGUGAUUCACACAGAGAAGAAGGAGGGUGGAUGGUGGUGAGCAGAUAAUUUCUUUCAACCACAGUGCUUGAAACUCAGCGAUCGAAUGUGUUUCUUGGAAAAGAAUGCAUAGUGACUAGGGCAGCGGCAACUGUGGCUGGUAUCUUUAACUUUGUGGCUCUAAACCAAACUUUUCCCUCAUCCUUUUACCUUCAGCUUUUCCAAAAGAGUUUACAAGUACAAAAAGUCCAUAGCCCGCCCCCCCCAAAAAAAAAAAAAAAAAAAAACCUGUCAGCCACACCAUUGCAAUAUUUCAGAAGCUUUAACUAAAGUACCUUAUGGUGCUAAGGGUUCCUUGGUGAGUCUAUAUAAAAAAUAACAUUAACAGUCAGCCUCAUGGUUUUGCUCCAGUAAUUGAACAACAUGCCUGAUCCACAGAUGUCACUACAGAAAUCAUGUUUUCUAAAAGCCAGUGAAUCUGUUGCCACUGCAGCAACGUAAUAAAAGAAGCUGUUUCCCCAUCUUAUUUAAUUCAAAAAGAAAGGAGACUCUUCUUUUUUUUUUUUAAACGUGUGGGCAUUUUAAUGAUCCUCUCCUCUCUCCCUUAUCACUAUUCUUUUCCUUAGGCACAAAGAUUUGUAUUUAGCCUAGGUCUUUCAUCUUACUCUACUUUCUAAUAAAGCCCCAACCUCAUGUUCCAGUAUUUACUUGUAUGAUGAAUGAAGAACAGAAUUUACUACCCUUUACAUGAAAAGAUCAUCGUCGAGAAGAAGUGACUGCACUUUGUUUCCACAUCUUCUUCAGUGAUUGUUUAAUUUUCCCUUGUUGGGAUUUUACCUCUGCCCAGUUGGACUGAGCAGCAUAAGUCAAUGCUAUUGUGUAGUCACUCAUUUCUCAUUCUGAGUCAGGCAUUACGAGGUAGAACCAACAAAGAAAGUGCUCUGGGCUUUGGCUUUAAUCUUUAUGUGCUGCCAGCUGGACUCGGGCUUCACCCUUCGAAGGAUAACCACCAUCUGCUCUAAUCAUGUAGACUUAUUACAGUCUGGUUUCUCUGUUACAAUAAAGCUGCUGUAGACCCAG